GUCUGAUAUAUACAUUUACAGUGUUUCAUUGUUACUGAAACUGAAUUAACUCAUUUAUCAUUUUACGUCUUUUACUGUCAUGGUUUAGCAGUUUUUCACCCUGAAAUCUACAGACAUUUUUUACAGUGUAGCUCCCCGGUGACUUCAGCUUCAUGCUGACGUUCAUUAAGAAACAUCAAACUGCUGGAAAAAUAUUCAUAAUUAGAGAAACUCAAAUAUAAAGUAUGCAUCUGUGUUGUGUGUUAUGUUGCCUCUGCACAGCUCUUCUCUGGAUCUAUUUUCAGGUCAGGAUGUGACAUUUGUCCCCACUGACGACUCCAUGACCUGGACCGAGGCCCAGAGCUACUGCAGAGAACACCACACAGACCUGGCCAGUGUGAGGAACCAGGAAGAGAACCAGAAGGUCAAGGAGCUGAUUCCAGCAGGAGGAGGAGGAAGAUAUUUCUGGAUCGGCCUUUUCAGAGACUCCUGGAAGUGGUCCGAUGGAAGCAACUCCUCGUUCAGAGACUGGGCGCCAGGGGAACCUAAUGGUCCAAAUGAGAAUUGUGCAGUAGCAGAUUUCAGCUCCUCUGGAGGAUGGUGGGACGUGGGCUGUGACGGGACACAUCCAUUCAUCUGCUACAGUCCACUUAAGUGCAUCUUCGAACUAAACGAUGAGCUGUGAUGGAGGGAAGGCUGAAGCAGCUCCAACAGAAGCUGAAGGACCAGAAGCUGAAGGACCUGAAGCUGAAGGACC